CAAAUUCGUACAGUUUAAGAUGAGAAGUACAAUGUGAGUGUUGUGAACUGUGUCUGGGAUAAUGGCUAAUAAAAUUGAAAAUGAUAUUCCAUUGGAAAAGACGGGUAAAGAAGACGAUUCAGAUGAUGUGAGACGCGCUUCGGAUAUAUACGGGGAAUGGGGACCGUUGCAAAGGAAUGUUACCAUUUUUUUCGUCUCGAUUUAUGUUGUGGCAACUUUUCAAAAUAUUGGAAUCAUAUUUUACUUAUCGCCCAUCGACUAUCACUGUAAAUUGGAGUCAGGAUAUGAGGAUCGUAAUGUGUCAAAGUGUUUCAAAUACGAAGGAAGUACAGAGAAAUGUACUGAGUGGCAAUUCGAUCAUAGUUUUUAUCAGAAAACGCUCAUUGACGAAUUUGAACUUGUUUGUGAUCGGGAACACUAUAUUUCAAUGGCUAAAUCAAUCUUCCAAAUUGGAUACUUGGUUGCAAGCAUUUUAAUUGGUUGGAUGUCGGAUCGCUAUGGACGAUUAUUAGCGUUCAAAUUUUCAAUUUUCGUUGAAAUUUUGGCUUCUUUGUCACAAGCACUGUCCCUAAACAUUCACCAUUUCCUCGUGUCCAGAUUGUUCCUUGGUAUCGGUUGCUAUGGUAGAUUUUCGGCGGGGAUGUUAUUACUUUUCGAACUGGUGGGUCCGAGUUAUCGAGCAUCCAUCAGCAUAGCUAGUGAGAUGGGCUGGUGCAUCUCACUUCUUAUACUUCCACUAGCUCACUACCUGCUACCCCACUUUCGGUACAUGCAGCUAGGUGUUUUCGGCUACGAAAUCAUUUUUCUCAUCUGGCUCUGGCGAAUUCCGGAGAGUCCACGUUGGUUGAUCACACACGACAGGUUCGACGAAGCUGCUAAACUGAUUACCAAGACGGCAAAAGCAUUAAAUAAACUUACAGAUAUUGAGAUCGAGAGAAAACUGGAUAAAUUUCGGUCCUAUUUGAGCAAGGAACAAGAACAGUUAAAAGCAGAAGCGAAAAUGACUAUUUUAGAUUUAUGGAAACAGCCGAUUCUACUUCGUUAUUGCUUGUUGCUGUAUGUAUUGAGCAUAUGCUUAUCAUUCAUAGCAUACAGUUUUUCAUAUAAUGCGGGAGCAUAUGGUGAAUCCUUGCACAUUACAAUUUUUAUUCAGGCACUUUCGACAACUAGUGUCUUUAUCAUCAUGUACUUCACUAUCAACCGAUUUCCUCGAAAAACACUAGCAGUGUUCCUAAGUGUUUGUGCUACUUGUUCGAUCUGCGCAAUGGUACUAUUCACAUUUGACAGCAAUCACCUAAAUUACCUCACGUUCGUGAUGUUUGUCACAAAGUUUUUCUGUAGUGGUCUGUUCAUAGUUGUUCAUCUUAUCAAAUCCGAAAUCUUUCCUACCACUGUCCGACAGAUGUCAUUGGGGUCCUGUUCGGUUGCACAGCGAUUUGGUUCAAUAUUGGCCCCAUACAGUCGAGAAUUGGCAACGUUGACCCAUUUGUCGCUGUUGAUUGGACUCUAUGGAAUACUAGCACUCAUAAAUACUGUGUGUAUCUAUUUUCUACCGGAGACCAGCAAAGAUGACAUUCCUGAUACCAUUGAAGAGGCACUACAAAAUUGUGAAAAGAAGAAAAAUGAGAGGACAACGAAACAGAGCACGGAAUAGUUGAAUGACACGUCAUUCAGCAGUUUCAUGAGACAUUCUUAUUUGAUCGAAAUUCUAUAUGGUUUAACAUGCAGUUCCAUGGAAAUGACAUAAAAAAUUGUAAUUAUGUUAACGAUGUAAGACGAAAUAAAAUUGAUUUUUUUUUAAUGGGAA